AUGCUGUACUACUUGGCGAUGACCGUUAUGGUAUUGAGCCAUGCCUUCAGAAAUCCUAUUCCAGAAGCAGAAAUAAAUUAUAAUAAACUUUUAAAACAAGAAAGAGUUAUAAUUGAACGCUGUUUCGGCCAACUGAAACGCCGGUUUCCUAUCCUACAGUAUGUUUGCGGCUUAAAGUUGGAAAAUGUGCCGAAAAUAAUUAUUGCUUGCAUUGUACUCCAUCAUGUUGCGAAGCGCUUGGGCCAUUCUGACUUUGAGUUAGUUGAACAAGACCCAGAUGAAGAUGAAGGAAAUCAUGAGAAUGACGAACUCCCUCUCUGCCAACUAGGGUGCGCUACGACAAUGGUUGGAAACGUGGAGGGCCAGCUGCAUGCGACGAUAAAAGGGUAUAAUAAUCCCAGCUUACAGAAAGGAUUGAAAGUAGAUAUAGGCCGAGUGCUUGGAGAGCCUCUUCAUCAGCUGCCUCAGCCUUACCAAAGCGGAAAAGAUGUAGCCUUUUUCCAUCAAAAAAGGACAGAAAAACUUCCAAUGCGUGUGGAAAAUGUUUAA